GGUUGCGGCCCCAAGCACAUCUUCGCGGUUUGCGCCAUGGUGCUAUGCCGGGCCGGUAGCUCAUUGAGAUCCUUGCGGCGGGCCUCGUUUGCGACGUCUGUGCUGGCCUUUGGCUCUUUGCUAUGCCUUGUGCACUGGCACGACAGACAAGGCGAUGGCGAUCUCGCAGCACGUCGAUUGCAAGACUUGUACCCACCAGACAUGCUUCUCACCAAGCCCUACGGCGAAGAUCCCAAUCGAUGGCUGGUCUUCAUACACGUCAUACUUAUUAGCUACCUGCUCCUGGCGCUCAACACAGUUUGCGAUGUGUACUUCACUGGGGCGAUAGAGGUUAUGGUGGACAAGUGGCAGAUCAAGGCAGACGUCGCCGGGGCAACCUUCAUGGCAGCAGGCGGCUCUGCCCCAGAACUCUUCACCUCGCUGGUGGGCGCAACCAUCGCGCAGAACGACGUGGGCUUUGGAACCAUCAUCGGGUCGGCAGUGUUCAACGUGCUCUUUGUUAUAGGCCUUUGUGGCUACGUCGCAAAGACGCCCAUCGAACUGACCUGGUGGCCGUUGUUCCGAGACUGCUCCUACUAUGUCUUUGGGCUGGCCCUACUGGCUGGCUUUGCCUCCGACGAGAAGAUUUCUUUGGUAGAGGCCGUGGUUCUGUUCAUCGCCUACCUCGGGUACUGCCUGAUCAUGGUGUUCAACACUCGUCUGGAAGCAUUGGUAGAUCGAGACUACCAGCGCCAAAGGAACUGCGCGUCUGAUUCAUGUGAAAGGCCGCAAGUGGUGAUCGGCAACUGGGCUGAGCCAGAUGCUGUCGUGCCCGCGAGUCCAGAGGCCCCACCUCCUGCGCAAGUCAAGCCGCCACCAAAUGCCAAGGGAGAAUUGCGCUCGCCGGCGCUGCAGGACGGCGAUGGCUUGCUGGGGCCAGGCAGCUCGCCACCGAACCGGGACUCGCCGGCGGGGUCCGUGGAGCUGGGGCCAGUGCCCAGGACCAGCAGGACCUCCAGGAACAGCAAGAAGGACGAGGAAAACGGCGUCAACAGCCAGCCGCCAGAGCGCAAAGGGCUGCGGCUCUCCUCACGCACGGCACGGGCUACAGCCCUUCAAGAGGCAGUGCGGGACCGCCAUGAGGAGCGGAUGAAUUCUGUGAGCCGGCGAUCAGGGUCGGAGUCGCAGGAGGUGUCCCCAGCAGAGCGGGGCGGGUCAAAGCAAUCCUCGGGUGAAGAGCCGCCCGCUGUCAAGGAGGAGGAGGAUGAGGACAAGGACGAUUCAAAGAAAUCGGCAGCGGAAGAUGACGAGCCAGGACUUAUGGACGUGCCCGAGGGCUGGAAAGACUUCGUGAUUUGGUGCAUAUCCUUGCCCGUCUAUGUGCCCAUUUACUGCCUCACUCCUCAGCCAUCUGAAAGGCUCUUCUUGGUGUCCUUUGCAUUCUCCCUGGUCUGGAUCGCCGGGCUGACUUUCGUACUGGUGUGGUGGGUGGACGUUUUAGGCCAAGCGCUGCACAUCGAUCCCAUCGUCAUGGCUUUUACCCUCCUGGCCGCUGGAACGUCCAUUCCGGAUGCUGCCUCUUCCGUGGCAGUGACCAAGGACGGUCAGGGAGACAUGGCAGUGUCCUCAUCAGUGGGAUCCAACAUUUUCGAUAUCCUCGUUGGCCUCCCGAUCCCCUGGAUAAUCAAGAUCGCCUUGCACGGCGCUGACUACCAGGUCACCAUCAAGUCACCCUAUUUGGCCUUCGACGUCAUCCUGCUCCUGUUCAUGGUGCUUGCAGUGGUGCUUUGCAUCCACUGCCUGGGCUGGAAGCUGAACCGCAUGCUGGGCCUGUGCAUGGCGGUGCUGUAUGCGGUGUUCCUGGUCAUUGCCCUGUCGGUGGAGAUAGGAAAGCCUGAUUGGCUAAUGUUUUAAUGAAACAUCCGGGUGAUCGAUCUGAUCACUUGCGCUUGCGGAGCUUGUGCCAAAAGUUCAGUUUGGAGACGGCCUGACAGGCUUGUUUGGGCACCUCUCUUGCAGACUGAAACAGGGUUGCCUGCCAUCCAUUGAUGAAAAUUGUGUCUCACCCCUUUCGCGACGAGAUGCACUCAAGGUGCGUGCUUUUUCCUUUCAAGCCUAUACAGGUCAUGUCGGCAUGAGACAAGGGUCCCCA